AUGUCUCUCUCAGCAAUAUGUCUCAUCCUCCUCCCCACCCUCCUCACACCAGUAAUAGCAACAUGCUACUGGCCCAACGGCGACACAGACAACAACUACACCCCCUGUCCCAACAGCAAAUCCUGCUGUCUCAAGGGUGAAGCAUGCCUCUCCAACGGCCUCUGCUACGGCGCAACCCUCAACAUCGCCUAUCGCGGUGCCUGCGCCGAUAAAUCCUGGCCAGCCCAGGACUGUCCGCAUGUUUGUCUCGAUUCAAUCCCCGACCACUGGGCGAACCUCUACUCGUGCCCCAAUUCCUCGACGAAUGUGUUCACGUGCGGGUAUGCGGGGUGGGCGACGGACGUCUGCAGUGCGAAUCUGGGGCAGUGGCAGUGGGUGAGUGGGGAUGUGGAGGUUGCGAAGAAUGGAAACCCGAGUCCGUCCGCCUCUGGUUCUGCUUCGACGCAGCUGGACAUUAUCACGACUACGUCGUCGGUUUCUGGUGUGUCUACGGGGACGCCGAGGGGAACGAUUACGGGGGAUAUCGUCACAACGACUGGGUCUGCGACUGCUACGGCCACAGGGACAGGGACAAAUACUCCGAAGUCGGAUGCCUCUAUCUCUGCAAUGACACUCGGGGCGGGACUAGGGGUUGGACUAGGCGUCCCGCUACUCGUUGUGUCUGGGUUACUGAUCUUUUUUAUCCGAAUGAGAAGGCGAGCGCCGGCACCGCCAGCACCACCGGUCAGUGAAAAGCCCUACCCCGGAGCUGUAUACUACCCAGGCCCAGCGGAGAUUGCCACGCAGAGACACAAUAUGGCUACGGAGCUGGAGGGGUCGAGGCAUGAUCUACCGGAUCGGCCGGAGUUAUAUGGUAGUUAG